AUGAAGUUCACGGCUGGCAUGUGGUGCCUGCAAGAGGGCGUGCAGAUUGAUUGGAUGAGCAACGUGGAGCGAUUGCGGAUCGAACAAGAAGGUGUCAAUCUACUCCUGAACAAAUUCCAAAGACACCGCGGUGAUACCUUGAAUUCACCUACAAUCUCGGCUCAGGUAACCUCUCCACAGGAGGGUAUUAUCGCCGUGAAACUAGUGCAUUGGGCCGGACAAGUCGACAAUGGUCCUCAUUACGAGAUUAGCCAGUCCAACGGACACACAAGCAUCAAUCAUGACGAAACCACCAACUCCCUCAACUACGGCAGCGGGCCUUUGCAACUCGAUAUCAACACCGCAGCCAACGAAUUAGAUCUCGUCUUCCGCUCUCCAUCCAACAAGAAACUCACCGGUCACUCGGGCCGCUCAAUUGGCUAUGUCCGGGAUGCUCGUAGUGAUAAAUACCGCACCGAUGAUGGUAUCUACGCUGAAAAACAGGGGUACAUGCUCAUGGGUCUCGAUGUAGGUGUGGGUGAGAAGAUCUACGGAUUGGGUGAGCGAUUCGGACCACUUGCAAAGAACGGACAGACUGUCGAUAUCUGGAAUGAGGAUGGCGGUACUUCAUCCGAGCUGGCCUACAAAAAUAUUCCAUUCUAUAUGUCCUCGAAGGGAUAUGGUAUCUUCAUCAACCACCCUGGAAAGGUUAGCUUAGAAGUUCAAUCUGAGCGCACGACAAGAGUUAAUAUCUCUGUUCCUGGUGAGGAGAUUGAGUAUUUCGUUGUGUACGGUGAGACGCCUAAGGAUGUGUUGAGGCGUUAUACCGGGCUGACAGGGCGGCCGGAACUUGUGCCAUCUUGGAGUUACAAUCUGUGGUUGACGACUAGCUUCACAACAAAUUAUGAUGAGCAGACUGUGACUGGGUUCUUGGAUGGGUUCCGGGAUCGCGAUAUCCCGCUUGGUGUCUUUCAUUUUGACUGUUUCUGGAUGAAGUCUUACCAGUGGUGUGAUUUCGAUUUUGAUACGGAGAUGUUUCCUGAUGCUAGGGGAUAUAUGAAACGGCUCAAGGAGCGUGGUUUGCGCAUUAGUGUGUGGAUUAAUCCGUAUGUUGCACAGGCGUCACCAUUGUUUGAGGAGGGGAAGAAGAAUGGCUACUUCAUCAAGCGCGAUAAUGGUUCCGUCUGGCAAUGGGAUAUGUGGCAAGCCGGAAUGGCCGUCGUGGACUUUACCAACCCGGCCGCAUGUCGCUGGUACUCUAGUCAGCUAGAGCGUCUCAUGGAGAUGGGCGUGGACAGUUUCAAGACUGAUUUCGCGGAACGAAUCCCCUCAAAGGGAGUCAAGUACCAUGAUAACUCAGACCCUGAGAGGAUGCACAACUACUAUGCUCUCCUCUACAACCGCAUCGUGUACGAAACGCUUGAAGCAGGCGUAGGCCACAAUCAAGGUCUCCUGUUUGCCCGCAGUACCGCUCCAGGUGGCCAGAAAUACCCCGUACACUGGGGCGGAGAUUGCGAGAGCACAUUCGAAGCGAUGGCGGAGUCUCUUCGUGGAGGUCUCAGUCUCAUGCUUUGUGGAUACAUCUUCUGGGCAUCGGAUAUCGGAGGAUUCGAAGGAACCCCACCACCAGCGCUGUAUAAGCGAUGGGUACAAUUCGGACUUUUAUCAUCUCAUUCCCGGCUCCAUGGAUCGUCGUCGUUCCGAGUCCCUUGGAUCUAUGGCGAGGAUUGUUCUGCUGUGCUCCGGGAUUGCGUGAAGCGGAAGAUCCUUCUUACGCCGUAUAUCCUGCAGGAGGCAUUGAGGGGACACCAAGACGGGACACCGCUGAUGAGGCCACUCUUCUUGGAGUUCCCCGAGGAUCUGAAUACGUAUGCUGUUGAUACGCAGUAUAUGUUCGGCUCUAAUUUGCUGGUUGCGCCUGUUUUCACGGAGGAGGGCGAGGUGACCUUCUAUGUCCCGCAGGUUGAGGGCACUGAAGGGAAGUGGGUGUCGUGGUUUGAUCAUGACAAGUCUUAUGAGGCAGGCCGAUGGUACACCGAGACUCAUGACUUUGAUACUCUGCCCAUUCUUGUUCGUCCAGGUUCGGUAACCUUGAUCAAUCCCACACUCAAGGCGCCGGAAAAUGAUGCACUAUCCGGGAUCCAAGUGUUGGUGAACGGCCGCUUGGAUGCGAAAACAACUCUGGAAAUUGUGGAUCCGAGUCAAACGGACAAGAUCCUGAAAACAAUCCAGCUCUCGCCUGCUCAGGAUGGGCAGACGGUUCAGUGUGAGGGGCAUGCCAUUGAAGUUGUAACUAUCAAGGAGUAG